AUGGAUCCCUGUCGCCCUCAGAGACCAGCACAAAAGCGAUUGCUCGCCAAACUCACAGCCCCAAUUGUCAAGACACUGGAAGGGCAAUACCGUCGAAGAGACGAUGCCAUCGAAGCGGUGUCUGCGUACUGUCUUGUGCAAGAAGGAUGUACGGUGCGCCGGUCCCAGCAUAGGCCAGCAGAGGGCCCACAUCCUUCUUCGUCAGGCUACCCACGAAAAAGCACCCCUUUAUACGAAGCUACACUGUCCGUAUUUGUUGCUGACAAGGAAGAGCGGCCAAGGCGAUGCUUCGUAUGUAUUGGUCAAGCCUUGUAUCUGCCUACGGAUGAUGAACAGCGGUUGAACGAACUUAUGCACGAGUUCUACACCUCUAAUGACUUGAUCAAACACUUCAAACGGAAGCACCUUGACAAAAUCGCAGGCUGCGAUCAGGUAGACUGCAAGGUGUGCGACAUGACUCUCAACAACAAGAUGCAUUUUCAGCGUCAUGCCCGCGACAUUCACGGGACUGUAAUAUGA